AUGUCUAAGGAAAAGAGCAGCGAACCUAGAGUAGAACGGAUGGAGGACCAGCCAGUGGAACUGAAAAAGGGAAAGAAAAGAAAGAGAGCUCAGCCGGCAAAGGAUGGCUGGAGCGGCAAGAAGGGAGCAGGGCAAUUGAUUAAGUUCGACAACUCUGAUGAUGAGACUCCUAAGCCUACUCCGGAGAAGGCAGCCCAAGCUGCCGACACCAAAGAAACGAAAAGCGUUGUCAACCCCUCAGUUGAGCAGCCAGCGGAGGCGCACAAGCGCAAGAAAUCAGAAGCGGCCCAAUCCACCCAAACCCAGCAAAAGCCCAACCAACAAGUGCGGCUGAAGAACAAGCAUCCCGAUAAGUCUCGAGUUCCCCAGCAGGAUCUAAGAGUGCCAUCCCACGUUAUCUUAAAGCGUGACGAGUUACGGCAGGUCCGCAAGCAGCUUCCAAUCUGGCCACAGGCGGACGCGAUUAGGGCAGCUCUCCAAAGGAACAAUGUCCUCGUACUAACCGGAGAGACUGGUUCUGGAAAAUCAACACAAGUGCCGCAGUUUUUGGCCAACGAGUCCUGGUGUACCGGAUGUAUAGCGAUCACGCAGCCUCGAAGAGUAGCAGCAAUCUCCCUAGCACGUCGCGUCGCAGACGAGAUGGGUAGCUUGCUUGGCGACAAAGGUCCUACAGCCAAGGUGGGGUACAGCGUUCGUUUCGAUACUGCCGCAGGAAAGCAUACCAAAGUCAAGUUUCUGACAGAGGGUAUGCUGCUUCAAGAGAUGCUCAGAGAUCCAAAUAUGUUGCAGUACAGCGCGAUAGUUGUAGACGAGGUUCACGAGCGAAGUGUUAAUGUCGACUUGAUUCUUGGAUUCUUGAGGAACCUGGUGGCCGCUAAAGAGGGUAGCACAGCAAGGAAGCAUCCGCUCAAGGUUGUAGUAAUGAGUGCUACAGCAGACGUGGAGAGUCUUGUCAAGUUCUUUGGAGACAGCCAACCUGUAUCGAACACCGAGAAGACGGUAGCGAAAACUGCGACAGAAAACAAGGGCAACGUCUCGACCUGCUACGUGGAGGGACGCCAAUAUCCAGUCAAAACGGUGUACCUGCCGCAGCCAACGCAGGAUUGGGUCGAAGCAGCUCUAAAGCUUGUCUUUCAAAUACAUUACAAGGAACCUUUGCCGGGCGACAUACUGGUGUUUCUGACUGGUCAAGAUACUAUCGAAGGGCUCGAGAAGCUUAUAAAUGACUACGCUGAAGGUAUGGACGACGAGGUUCCCAAGCUUCUUGUGCUGCCUCUUUUCGCCGCCCUUCCGCAACAUGCCCAACAACGUAUCUUCCAGCCAGCACCCUACCGCACACGACGCGUCAUCCUUGCGACCAACAUUGCUGAAACGUCAGUUACUGUUCCUGGUGUUCGCUUUGUGGUAGACUGCGGCAAGUCGAAGAUAAAGCAAUUCCGGAAUCGCCUGGGCCUCGAAUCGCUGCUCGUGAAACCAAUCUCCAAGUCUGCAGCUAUUCAACGCAAAGGUCGAGCUGGUCGCGAGGCACCUGGUCAGUGCUAUCGACUCUACACCGAAAGCGGCUAUAAUACUAUGGAAGAACGCACAACACCCGAGAUUCUGCGUUGCGACCUUAGUCAGGCAAUCUUGACGAUGAAAGCACGAGGUGUCGACGACGUACUCGGUUUCCCAUUCCUCGAUCGGCCACCGCGAGAAGCCCUGGAGAAAGCGCUCUUGCAGCUCUUGAAUCUACAAGCACUUACCGAGACCGGUGAGAUCAGCGACACUGGUCUCAAGAUUGCUAAAUUCCCGCUCACACCUACACUAGGACGAGUACUAGUCGAAGCAGCAAAACCAGAACGUGACUGCCUACUCGACGUGGUCGAUGUCAUAUCUGCACUUAGCGUCGAGAACGUCUUCCUGAACCUUGUGACUGAAGAGCGCAAAGAAGAAGCAGAAGCAGCUCGACGCGAGCUGUAUCGUCGAGAAGGUGACCACUUGACACUUCUCAUGGCCGUUCAACGAUAUGCCGCUGAACAGAAGCCACAUCGCCGAGCCUGGUGUGACAAGCACUAUAUAUCUCACCGUGCUAUGGAGAACGUAAUGAACAUCAGGAAACAACUACGACAGCAAUGCACACAACAGAAGCUACUAUCGACCGACGACGAGGAGUCUGAAAAUGCCCCUUCGGAAGCUCGAAGUCAAGCUAUAUUGGCGUGCAUGUUACGUGGUUUCAUCUCCAAUACAGCGAGGUUGAUGCCGGAUGGCAGCUACAAAACGUUGAUAGGCAACCAAACGGUAGCAAUUCACCCUAGUUCAGUGCUUUUUGGAAAGAAAGUGGAGGCUAUUGUGUUUAACGAAUUUGUGUUCACGGGCAAAGCGUGGGCUAGGGGCGUUAGUGCGGUUCAACUGGAUUGGGUGUCGGAAGUUGUUGAAGCCAUCAUGUAG